AAACUUUUUUUUCCACCCACUUUCUCUUAAAAGUUUUACUUACCCACUCAUUUGGUGUUUGUAAAUCCAAAACACUUGGUAGGAUUCUAAACGGAGUGGCAUCGCUGAUCCCCUUCUCCGUAGCAGCUUCUCGACUGCACUCAAUCAUUUUGACGAUUCACUCUUUCGUGAAACAAUUUCGGAUAAAGAUAAACAGGAAACUAAGUUGCUUAUGAUUUGGAUUUGAUGAUUUUUUUUAUAGAAGGCUAGCGUCUUCGCAAGAUGAGUAAAUCAAAAGCAGAUGAGAAGAUUCUCAGCUACAAUGAUGUGGUGCUGAGACGAUCUGAUCUAGACAUCCUCGGUGGUCCAUAUUUUUUGAAUGAUCGAAUUAUCGAGUUUUAUCUGAGUUAUCUUUCGUCAUCCUAUCCCUCUCAGGAUAUCUUGUUGGUUCCACCAUCCAUCGCGUUUUGGGUAAUACAAUGUCCUUUUGCCACGGCUUUAAAAGAUUUCUUAGAGCCUCUUCAUUUGUCUGAAAAGGAACUUGUUUUAUUUCCUGUCAACGAUAAUGAAGACAUUAACACGGCGGAAGGUGGAUCUCAUUGGAGCUUACUUGCAUACUACCGCAACGCGAAUCUAUUUGUUCACCAUGAUAGCUGCAGAAGCUUAAAUUCAGAACCUGCUAAGAAACUCUAUAAAGCUGUUGUGGGAUAUGUGGGAUUAUCUGAAUCAGGAUCCGAGGCCCGCUAUCUGGAAUGCGCGGAUUCGCCUAGGCAAGUGAAUGGUUAUGAUUGUGGCUUAUAUGUCACGGCCAUAGCAAGAGUGAUAUGCGACUGGCAUGUAAAUGGUAAAAAGACUGAUGCGAAUGAUUUGUGGUUCUCUGUCGUGAAGGAACGGGUUACUUCAUCUUCUGUUGACUUCAUGCGAACUGAGAUUCUAGUGUUGAUCAGAGAUCUAAUGGCAAAGCAUUCAGGCCAGCAUGCUCAAGAAUAAAAUCGGGUUUCCACUAAUUCGAUUUUGAAGGCCUCUGAUUUAGUGUCUAGUCUAGCAUAUCCAUGGUUGUUAGCAAGUGAAUACAUUUCUGCAUUUUUCUUGGAACUGUGUACGAAAUUAGAUUUUCUUUACACUUGAAUGUAGCGACAAGCUUUCUAUGUUACAAUGUGAUUAAUGUGAACGAAUGUAGUACAGUUACAUUUUUAUCUACUGUCUUUGUAGUGCAGUGUGCUAGUUUGCUUUA